AGUUCUUCAAGGAGAGGUCGGCCACUUCGUCUGAGAACUUCUGCUGCAGUUCCGCCAGCUUCUGCUCUAACAUCUUGUUGCUCUCUUGAAGAUUAAAAUGAACGACGUUGCAAGUCACAUGAUCAGCGCUUUGAACAGUUGCUGCAGAGCGUCACAAAGACCAACCUUCAAAAUAAUAUGUGACAGAUGUGAGCCAUGGACAGCAGAACUGAGAUGAAAAUGUGCAAACUAAGGAAUCAUCUGGACAUGCUAGGCUACACUGACCAUCUAGGAGCUGAGUCGCUGCCACUUGUUGAGAAACUUUUCAGUGAUCUGGUCCACACCACUGAAAGACUGCGCCAAGCCAAGCGAUUAGCAGGCAAGUCUGAAAAAGAAAUCCAAAACUGUGAUGUCCUUUCGGACCCGUACAGAAAAGAUAAUGCUCAGGUGGCCCAGGAGAACCAUCAGCUUCACCUGGAGCUUGUGAGGGUGAAAGAGGAGAAGGACCAUGAGACUAGAGAGAUGAAAAUGUGCAUCACAAAGCUGGAAGAUGAGCUGUCUUUCCUGGAGUCUCUGAACAACCAGUAUGCGCACCAGGUUCGCUGCUUGGAGAAGGACAGCAAAGAGAAAGCUAAACGCCUCCGUCACCUGCAGAAGAAGAAUUGCAGUGCAGCGGUGCAUGCCAGAGAGGAAAAAAAGCUCAGCGUUCCCUCUUUUCCGCCAUCUCCACAUUCCCAGUCUGAUGAUGCGUAUGGAGCCGACCUUUGGCAGGCAGAGGGAAGGAUUCUUGAGGUGCAUUACGAAGUGAGAAAAUUAAAAGAGGAGCUAGGAAAUGCUCAGGGUCAAGUACAACUCUUAAACAACCAUAUCGAGGACAUGCAAGUGACCAACAAGCAACUAAAGAGGAAGUUGGAGGGACUGCAGCAGAAGUCCUCCACCAAAGUGGCCGACCUCGCCUCAAAGAACCGUGAGCUGUGUGGGGAGCUCAUGCACAUACUCCACCUCGCCAGGCAGAUGGAAAUCGAUAAGAAGCAAAAGCUGAAAACAGCUGACAUGAAAUUUCAAGACAUGAAUGAAGUCAUUAAAGAUUUGAAGGGUCAACUCCAAAAAAGUGUGGUUGACCAAACGUACGCUCCCGCAGAUGGCCAGGAACAGGAAAAAAGGACUGCCGACCAUCAGAAUGGCAUAAACAGCGAAGCUUCAGAAUGGGAGUUUAUAAAAUCUCAUCUUGGAGACCAGCUGGUGGAGCUAAGAGAACAGAAUGAGAAAUUGGAGGGAAUGGUGGAUUUCCUUGAGGCUGAGAAAAGCAGACUGCAGGACAAAGUGGAGAAGAUGAUGUCCGUCGAAAGAGUCUUGGUGCUGGAGUUGGAGGGCAUGCGAACUAGAUAUGGCAUUUGCGGAUGGCAGCGCUCUCCAUCACGUCUGGAUGCCUUUGUCAAGAGUCUGGAGGAGGAGAGGGAUCACUAUCGGCAGGAGGCUGAACACUAUAAAAUAGUUAGAGUGCCCAGCAGCCCCAGUCACAGUCACAGUCCAGGCAAGCAGAGGAGUCCUAAGUACCAGGUAAUCAAGCCACAGCAUGACUAUGAAAGCUCCAAUCAGUCUGCUGAAAUAUUGAACCUGAAAGUUACGCUCAGACUGGUCGAACAGAAACUCCAGCAGGUGACAGCUGAAAAGCACUCUCUGAUGGAAGAACUGAAGCACUUGCAGCAGACCCACCACAGCUCAAACACACCUCCUGACAACUUGACACUGGCAGAAAAGCUCAGAAUGGCUGGCAAAAAGAUGGAGUUUGAGCAGUUGCAGCCCCACCAACCUUCAAAUACAUCCACUAAAAUCUCGAACCAGAAAGAGGAACUUCCAGGAAACAUCCAGGGGGUGACGGAAGAAAAAGAAGCAGAGAUGGAGGAAUACAAGCAGCAGCAGCAGCAGCAUGAGCAGCACACCACAAAUACAUCUUCUGAAAUCCUGAACCUGAAUGAAGAGCUUAGGAAGACAGAAGGAAAAAUCCAGCUGGUGACAGCUGAAAAAGACUUACUGAUGGGUGAAAUGCAGCAAAUGCAGCUGCAUUGUGAGCAACGCACCUCGGAAAUAGUGACCCUAAAAGAGGAGCUUAGACUGGCAGGAGAAAAUAUCCAGCAGGUGACGGCUGAAAAAGACUCACUGAUGGAGGAAUUUCAGCAAAAGCAGCUGCAGUGUGAGGCCCACACCUCAGAAAUAGUGAACCUCAAGGAGGAACUCAAACUGGCAGAAGACAAAAUUCAGCAGACGAUGAAUGAAAAAGAUGCCCAAAAGAAAACAUUCAAGAAAAUGCAGUGGCAGCAUGCACACAAAACCUCAAAUACAUUUGAUGAAAUAAUGGACCUGAAUCAGCAACUCCAUCAGGCAGAAGAAAAAACCCGCCAAGCAACGACUGAAAAAGAGUCAUUGAUGGAGAAAUUGAAGCAAAUGGAGCAGCAGCAUCAACAGGACAUCUUAAGUACAUCUGCUGAAAUCUUAAAACUAAAGGAAGAGCUCAAAUUGUCAGAAGGAAAAACAGAGCAGGUGGCAGCUGAAAAAGACUCACUGAUGGAGGAAUUUCAGCAAAAGCAACUGCAGUGUGAGGCCCACACCUCAGAAAUAGUGAACCUCAAGGAGGAACUCAAACUUGCAGAAGACAAAAUUCAGCAGACGAUGAAUGAAAAAGAUGCCCAAAAGAAAACAUUCAAGAAAAUGCAGUGGCAGCAUGCACACAAAACCUCAAAUACAUUUGAUGAAAUAAUGGACCUGAAUCAGCAACUCCAUCAGGCAGAAGAAAAAACCCGCCAAGCAACGACUGAAAAAGAGUCAUUGAUGGAGAAAUUGAAGCAAAUGGAGCAGCAGCAUCAACAGGACAUCUUAAGUACAUCUGCUGAAAUCUUAAAACUAAAGGAAGAGCUCAAAUUGUCAGAAGGAAAAACAGAGCAGGUGGCAGCUGAAAAAGAAGCACUGAUGGAGAAGUUGAAGCAAAAUCAGCGGCAGCACAAAGAGCACAACUCAAAUACAGCUGCAGAAAUCUUAAAACUGAGGAAGAAGCUCAACCUGGCAGAAGAUAAGGUCCAGCAGGUGGCUUCAGAAAAAGACACACAGAUGGAUGAUCUUAAGCAAAUGCAACUGGAGCAUGAGGAACAGAAGUCUGCUGAAAUUUCAAACUUGGAAGAGGAGCUGAAACUGGCAGAAAAAAAAAUUCUGCAGGUGACGGAUGAAAAAGAGACGCUGAUAGAGGAAACUGAGCAAAUACAGAUGGAACAGGAGCAGUCUAAAUUAAAUGCAUCUGAGGAAAUGUUCAACUUGAGACAAGAGCUCAAACAGGCAGCACAAAAAAUCCAGCAGGUGACUGCUGAAAAAGACUCGCUGAUGGAAAAACUGAAGCAUCCGCAGCAUAAGCAAGAUGCUUCAACAACAUCUGAGGAAAUCUCCAAGCUGAAAGAGGUGCUCAGACAGGCAGAAGACACAAUCCAGCAGGUGAUGAGUGAAAAAGAAGCACAAAUGAAAGAUUUUAAGAAAUUGCAGAUGCAGAAUGAAAGCCACAAAUCCACAACACUUGCUGAAAUUUUAAAUUUGAAGGCGACGCUCAGGCUGGCUGAAGAAAAAGUUCAGCAGGUGACAGCGGAAAAGGACUCACUGAUGCAGGAAUUGAAAAAAAUGCAGCAGCAGAAAGAACAGGAAAUCUCAAAUACAUCUAGUGAAAUCUUGAAACUGAAGAAGAAAGUCAACCUGGCAGAGGAGAAAGUCCAAGAGGUGGCUUCAGAAAAAGACACACAGAUGGAGGAAUUGAAGCAAAUACAACUGGAGCUUGAGGAACAGAGGUCUGCUGAAAUAGCAGGCUUGGAGGUGGAGCUGAAACUGGCAGAAAGAAAAAUCCAGCAGGUGACGGACGAAAAAGAGACGCUGAUGGAAGAAGCUGAGCAAGUACAAGUGGAACAGGAGCAGUCCAAGUUAAACACAUCUGAUAAAAUCUUGAACCUGAUAGAGCAGCUCAGCCUGGCAAAAGAAAAAAUCCGUCAGAUGACAGCUGAAAAAAAUUCACUGAUGGACGAACUGAAGCAAAAGCAGUUGCAAAACGCCCGUCACAACUCAACUACAUCUGCUGAAAUCUCAAACCUGAGUGAGAAGCUCAGAAUGGCUGAAGAAAGAAUCCAGCACUUAACAAGUGAAAAUGAAAAGGUUAAGCAGCCACAGCGAGCUGACCAAAACUCAACUACAUCUGCCAAAGUUUUGACUCUUAAAGAGAAGCUCAGAGUUGCAGAAGAACAAACCCAGCAGGCGACAGCAGAAAAAGACUCACUGAUGGAGGAAUUACCGGUUGGCCUGCCCUCUGCUCUCUCGGGCGUAUGUGGAAAGGAGCAGAGGAUACCUGACCUGCAGCAUGUCAUCAAGAGGCUGGAGCAGGAGAACCUGGAGUUGCGUUCACAGUUUUCUGCACUAAAAGACAGCAAGCAGGAUGUGGAGCAGCAGAUGGAUGUUGAGGGUCCUGCGCUGGUUCAGGAUGCAGAGGAAGUGGCGGCACAGCAGAGGAGAACAGCAGCCGCUGGUCUUGGGCUACAGCAGGAGAUUCGGCACUCGUUUCUGGACCUCCAAGAAAUGCUUUCUGUAAGGACCCACGAGUUGCAUGCUGCUCAUGGACAAAUGGAAAAACUGGAGGACAUAAUCGGGGCACUAAGACAGCAGGCUUACCUGUACAAGCAGGAAGCAGAAGUUCUACAAAUCUCUUUCUCUGCACUCUGCAUGAAGAAAGACGCUCUGCAGGAGGAGGUGGCGCAAAAGACCAAGAGGCUGGUUGUUCUCCAGCAGGAGCUCGCAUUGAAGCUGCAGGGGGAACUAAAGGGCUGUGAGAGGGAGCUCACCACUCAGAGGACGUUGGAGGUUUACCAGGAGGCGUUGGCACGACUCAAAAGAGACAACGACCUGAUAAUCCGAGAAUACAAGAGACUGCAAGACGACGUGACCGCAGUGACCAUGGAGAAGCAAGCUGCACAUGUGGAGAUGGAAGGCGCUUUACACGAGAGGAAUGAGCUGCAACAUAGAGUCUAUUCUUACUUGAAUACCGUGUCCAAAUUUGAGAACCUCUUGAAAACAAAGGAGCAGGAGAAUCUCGGCCUGCUGGAGCGCUUCCACACGGCUCAGUCUGACAUGCAAGAACGUGAGCAGAGGCUGCAGCAGGUCGAGGUCCUCAACAGCUCAAUCCGCCAGGAGCUCCUUUCUUCUGAAACGGAGCGCAGGCACCUCCACGAAGUCAUCAGCCACAAGGAGCGAGAGAUCCAGCAGUAUAUGCAGGGCUUGGAGGCUUAUGAGACACAGAUGCCCGCGCUCAUUCAAGGAAUGUCCCGACUUGAGGAGGAGCUACGCAUCGUUCAGGAGGAGAAAGCUGCUCUUCUCGCUGAUCUUGCCUCUGUCAGGGAGCUGUGUGUCAAACUGGAUUCGGACAAGGAAGUCACUGCCCGCCAGCUUUUAUACAAGAACAUGGAGGUUGAGAGGGCCACGACGAGACAGGACGAUGCUCUGACAGAGGCGGCGCUAUUGAAAGAGCAUCUGGCGAGUGAAAAGAUGACUAUCCAGAACCUGGAGAUAGUGCUUGCCACCACUCGGAAAGAGAUGUUCCAAGCCCACCAGACAGCCAGAGAAAAAGAAUCUGAACUGAAGGCCCUACGUGACAGACUCACCCAGGCCGACAAGAAGAUCGGCGAGCAUGUGAGGGAAAUUUCCAAUCUCCGCGGUCAAGUCUCUCAGCUGCAAACAAAGAUGGAGGCUCAGCUUCAGCGUGAACACGCCUCUGAGGAGAUACCCUCGCAAGAGUUGUCAUUCAGGCCUCCGAGGACCUCAUCACCAGUCAACCCCAUGACCACGCCUCAUCUGCGGCCCCCUAACGUCUCCUCUAUUAACUAAUCAGCAAAAGAUGACUUAAAAGACACACUAACAGGAUAUCCUGCCAUUAAUGUCCAUCAGUGAUGCUGCUAUAUUAGAUUGUGAUACCGUUAAAUUAUCAUUCACUCACAAUGAAACAGAUGUUACUGCUGAUUCCUGUAACGAGGACUUUUAAAUUACAAACUACUGCUGAUAAAUUGUAGUAUCGAGAUAACAUUUUCAGGAUUGUAGGAAGCCAACUUUUAGCAUACCUUAACAUAACAGCUGUAGCUAACAUUAAUAUUAUAUUGUACACGCUGCUUUUAUAGGGUAAGGUACCAUAUUUGGAUGCAUAUUUGAAUUGUAUGUUUUAUCUGCACAUUCUGCCUUCCAAAUCAGCACAGAUUAUGCCAAAUAUUAUAGCUAAUGCAGAGCAAGAGAAACAAAAGAUUGUUCACUUAAUUCAGUGCCUGCAUGGUUUAUAUGGUGCUAAAUAAUUAACAAUUCAUAUGGGGGUUUUAUAAUUAACGUUUAAUUUUAAUGCUACCUUUUUAUAGGAUUAUGUAAUCAUAAGUGUCAAAUAGUGUGUGGUAUCAUGUACGAAAUUCCUGAAGAAUAAUGUGCCAUUUUUUUUUUUGUUACGCCUAGUUGAGUUUUUCCAGAGGUUUUCAUAUUAAUAAUUGUAUUAAAUUUUAAGUCCACUCACCUCAUUUCAGGAAUGGCAGCUGGAUUCUUUGAGAAC